UUCCUCAUGACACCAGCACUUAGGAAAAAAGUUAGUCGCGAAGAAGAAUUGAGUUGAGGGUUCUUUUCCUUCUCGUCUACUGCCAAACCCUAAAGAAGAGAGGCGAUCUCUCUGCUCCUCUUUCUUCCUUUUGGGCUAAGGUUUCUGUGUUUUGGGUUUCUUGAAAUGGGGUUGAGAGAUAUCGGGGCGACGCUGCCUCCUGGGUUCAGAUUCUUUCCGAGUGAUGAGGAGCUGGUGUGCCAUUAUCUGUACAGGAAGAUUGCCAAUGAAGAGGUCUUGAAGGGGAGUUUGGUUGAAGUCGAUUUGCACACUUGCGAGCCGUGGCAACUUCCUGAGGUGGCGAAGCUCAACGCGACCGAGUGGUACUUCUUCAGCUUCCGUGACCGCAAGUACGCCACCGGCUACCGGACCAACCGCGCGACGAUAUCGGGUUACUGGAAGGCUACGGGCAAGGACCGCGUGGUGCACGACCCGAGCACGCGAGAGGUCGUGGGGAUGAGGAAGACACUGGUCUUUUACAGGAACAGGGCCCCUAACGGGAUCAAAACCGGUUGGAUCAUGCAUGAAUUUCGCUUGGAGUCCCCGCAUAUGCCUCCCAAGGAGGAUUGGGUGUUGUGUAGAGUGUUCCACAAGAGCAAGGAAGAUAACGCCACCAACACGUUGCUGAGCCCACAUUACACGUUCAAGGAAGCAACAGCUGCAUCAUCUGUUCCGUCGGCGAACUUCGACGCGUCCCGUUACGAUCCCUCGCCAUAUCAAGCUGUCUCUUGCGGCGGGGCGGCGACCUACCCUCCAGUCGCUUCGUUAUCCUCGACGUCGCCGCCGUCUCUCCACAGCCCCAGGCCCCACUCCACCACCCCGAAUCUUCUGCAUCAGUCCAAGGGAAUAAGCGCAAAGCUCAUCGACGAUGGUAAUGGAUUCAUGUGGGACAUGAACUUCGAAGUCGAUAGUUUGGUAGGAGAUGCGCUGCCCUCAAACUUGGAAGACAUGAUCAUUGAGAUGGAUGGUGGGUCGGUUUUCCUCUAGUUAGGAACUUGCAUCUUCCUAACACGCUCAUAUGCAGUCGUGUAUAGAGAGUCAUAUGCUGUUGUACAUUAUGGGCGAGAAUUUGGGAAAACCAGUGUGCUUAGAUCUCUGUAACAAGUUAGAGUCGGGUAGGUUCUGUUUCAUAGUGCUUUGGGUACUCGUGCAUUAUUGCUAUGUAGAUAGGCACAGAAGACAGACAUGUCACGGGAAUUUGCAGACGCAGUUCCCUAUCUUUUCCAGUUUAAGCUUGUGAAUGACCUGAUCUGUGGCUUAAA